AUGCCUUCAACCACCGCGCUCAACACCGCGCUCAACACCGCGCUGCAUGUCAUCACGACCGAGAGAGACGCGCUGAGCCAUCUCGAGCUGCUCUACCGCACCAAUGACCUGGCCCAAAAGAACAUCGACCGCGCCGUCGCUGAGCUCGUGCGCACCAUCAAGCGCGGCGGGAAACUGGUCGUCUGCGGCGUUGGGAAGAGCGGCAAGAUUGGCCGCAAACUCGAGGCGACGAUGAACAGCGUGGGCAUCCACAGCGUCUUUUUGCAUCCUACCGAGGCUCUGCAUGGGGAUCUGGGCAUGAUCCGGCCAGUACGCUAUAUCACCACACUUCUUUCUCGUGAGACCAAGACUAAUACCCCCCAGCUUGAUACCCUCCUUUUGAUAUCCUUCUCGGGCCGCACCCCAGAACUCCUCCUGAUGCUCCCUCACAUCCCCCAAACCGUCCCAGUCAUAGCAAUCACCUCGCACGCACACCCCUCGACUUGCCCGCUCCUCUCCUUCAACAGUCCCGACAUGACCAUCCUCCUCCCCGCGCCCCUCCACAUAGACGAGGAGACAUCCUUUGGCCUCGCGGCGCCCACCAGUUCCACAACCGUCGCUCUCGCUUUGGGCGACGCACUCGCUCUCGCCACGGCGCAGAGUCUGCACACUCUGCCGGGCCAGGGCCCCUCGGAGAUCUUCAAGGGAUAUCACCCCGGCGGCGCUAUUGGCGCCGCUGUCGCCCGUGAUAAUGCCUCCGCCAUCUCUACCCCGGCUACCUCAAUGACCACAUCGCCGAGCCUGUCUUCGCUCGAGGACGCGCUGCCUAUCAAGUUAACUUUUGACGAUGACGAUGACGACGACAACGAGGACGAGGAUAAUAUGCGGAGCACAUCAUCAAAGACCCGGCUCGACACGGUAUGCGCCUCGGAGCAUUUCGUCCCCAUCGAAUGCAUCCCGACUGUCGUUCCUUCAUCUCAGUCUCCAGAGACAACAGAACAAAUCAGAAAAGGCCCGCAAAUUCUCGACCUUCUUUUAACUACCAUCCAGAACCCAGCCUCUAAAUUAUGGGUCAAAUUGUCAGAUACACACAUCAUUCCCCCGCCUCUCCUCCGGUCCAUGACUAUGACUAUGGGAUCGUCAUCGUCAUCGUCAACAACAAGUACAAUAAUAGACACCAACGCAUACACACUCUCCACCACUCACAUAACAUCCGUACCCUCCAACAAAUGGCUUCGCGUCCGCGCAUCUAGUACCAUGGACGAAAUCCGGUGCAUACUCUUCUCUCCUUCUUCUCCCUCCACAGACACAAGCCCAUCAGACCAGAACAAACCAUACCGCGUCAUCAGCGUCACGGAUGAUGUCGAUUCGGACAAGGUGCUAGGAUUUAUCUGUGCCGAUGAUGUUUGA